AUGGCUCAAAUUAUGCAAGGCAUGCAGGGACAACAACCUCCUACUCAAGUUCCCGUUCCUCAAGCUGCAGCUGGACCAGAUUUUCGUGCCUUCUUCAGGAUGGAUCCUCCAGAGUUUGUUGGCGGACUUGAUUCUCUUUUGGCUCAUGACUGGUUAGCUGGUAUGGAAAGGGUGUUCCAAGCUAUUCAGUGUACUGAAGAAGAAAAGGUGAUCUUUGCUACUCAGAAGAUGAAGGGACCGGCUCUUAGGUGGUGGAACACUGCAUCUACCUAUUUCACCACACAAGAGAUUCCUAAGGAUUGGCAGCACUUCAAGGUGGCAUUCUUGGAGAUGUCUUUCCCUAAUAGUGUGAGGACUCAGAUGGAGCGUGAAUUCCAGAACUUCAAGCAAGGUGACAUGUCUGUUUCUGAAUAUGCAGAGAAGUUCGAAGACUUGGCUGAUUACUCCCGACAAGCUGUUUAUGCUCCAGAUGAACUAUGGAAGAUUGACCAGUUUAUGAUGGGUUUGAGGGCCGACAUUGCUCAUAGUGUUUCCCAAAGAGAGUUCACUACUUAUGCUGAAUGUCUAAGACAAUGCUAUGUUGCUGAAAACAGCUUGAAGAGGGUUCAAUAA